UUUGCAUUUAACUCUUCUUACUUUUCAACACCAUUUCUUUUCCUUCUCUCAUUACUCUUUUCAAUUUUAUCUCUUUAGUCUAUACUCUUCUUUUCCUUCGUCACUUUCACUUUCAGCCAUGCAUCGUCACCGUUUCUUGAUCUUGAUAAUGCUUCUUCUCCUUCUACUCGUCUUCUCCACUUCUGCAACUCGCCUUCCUAAACCGUCUUCUUCUCCAAGAAAUUACCACUACAGUACUACUACUGAUCAUGAUGAUCAUCAUCAUCAGCACCACCACCAUUAUUCUUGUGAUUCUUUCUCUAAUAAGAAGUCGCGUUUGUUGUGCAUUCAACUUCAAAGAAUUCACCACUCCCAGCCUCCUCCGUCCCCGCCACCGCCCUCCUCACCUAAUGACCUUGACCCGAUAUACGGUGUAGACAAGAGACUCGUCCCCUCCGGACCAAACCCUCUUCACAAUUGAGAGAAAUUUCCACUCUCUCUUAACUUAUAGUACUUUUUAUCCCUACUUUCUUGAAGCAUUUCUUGGAGAUGACCAAAGUUACUACUGAAGAGAGGAUUAAUCUUUGGCAUCAUCAGUGGGUAAUCAUAGAUCGUCAAGAAAUUAAGAGCAGUUUAAUUUCUGGUUAAUACUGUUAAUUAUUGGAUUUUCUUUUUCUUUUCCUGUUUCAUUUGAUUGGCAUGUGAUCAUAUGUAUAUGAGGUUGUUAUUUCCAUGCUUGUUUUUGGAUUUAUGGACGUUGUUUAG